GGGCCCGGCGGGCGGAGCCGGGAUCGGAACCCGCGACCUCCGGCGCCGCGGCGGGCAUGGCCGGCGGGUCCCAGCGGCCGGGCGAGCCCCGCUUCUCGUUCGGGGUGAUCGCGGACAUCCAGUACGCCGACCUGGAGGACGGCCGCGACUUCCUGGGGACGCGGCGGCGGUACUACCGGCCCAGCCUGGGGCUGCUGCGGGGGGCCGUGGCCGGCUGGAACGCGGCCCCCCGGCCCCCGCGCUUCGUCCUGCAGCUGGGCGACGCCGUCGACGGCCUCAACGCCCGGCGCCGGGCCUCGGGGCCGGCGCUGGCGCGGGUCCUGGCGGAGUUCGGCCGGCUGCGGGCCCCCGUCCACCACGCCUGGGGCAACCACGACCUCUACAACUUCAGCCGGGCCGAGCUGGCCCGCUCGGGCCUCAACAGCGGCCGGCUGGGCGACCCCGCGGGGCCCCGGCCGCCGGCCGCCCCCGCCGACGGCUACUACGCCUACCACUUCGCCCCGCUGCCCGGCUUCCGCUUCGUCCUCCUGGACGCCUACGACCUGAGCGUCCUGGGCCGGGACCCGGCCUCGCCCAGGUACCGGGAGGCCCUGCGCCUCUUGAGGGAGAAGAACCCCAACGCCGACCUCAACAGCCCCCGAGGCCUCCCCGAGCCCCAGUUCGUCCAGUUCAACGGAGGAUUCAGCCGGGACCAGCUGGCCUGGUUCGACGACGUCCUGACGUUCUCGGACUCGAACGGCGAGAAGGUGGUGGUGGCGGGCCACCUGCCCAUCCACCCCGACUCCUGCGACGGCGUCUGCCUGGCCUGGAACUACGCGGAGGCCCUGGCGGUCAUCCACUCGCACCGGUGCGUUGUCUGCGUCCUGUCGGGCCACACGCACGACGGCGGGUACUGCGUGGACGCCCACGGGGUGCACCACGUCUCCCUGGAGGGCGUCAUCGAGACGGCCCCCGACGGCCAGGCCUUCGGCUCGGUGCACGUCUAUCCCGAGGGGAUGCUGUUGGAGGGGCGGGGCCGGGUGACCAGCCGCGAGAUGCCUUUCCCCCGACGCUGACCCUCCUCCCCCUCGGGCCCGGCGGUCGGUCCGUCGGGAGGCGGCCGGGGCCCGGGGCGGUGCCCCGCGCGCUUUAGCCCGCCCGGCCGAUCGAGCCGGGCUGGAAUCCGUUGGUCGGGCUGGACGGGGCCCAUCGAACCCGCCUUUCGGGAGGGAUGUGACCUCCCGGGCAUUUGGGAAGCGGAGAGGGGAACCUCCCUUUCGGGCGAAGGCGACCGUCUUGAUUAUCCCGGCGCCUCCCCGUCGGGCGGGAACGGACCCGGGCGUUACUCACGCAGGGCACGGCGCCCUGCCUCCCACCCCCGAACGCCUCUCACCCGGGAGGGAUCGGCGAAGCGCCCGGCGAGGCCCUCGCCCGUCGCACGGUCCCUCGGUGAGCUGUUCCCGGAGACGGAGCGGGCGUCCCGCGCCGCGGCCUCCGCCCCCUCCUCCCGUUCCCGGCCGCCCCGGCGCGUCCGCGCCUCCGGGUUCCGCUCGGCCGGCGCGGGCGCUCACCGGACGGCGUUUCCGACCCCGGGGCGGCGGGUGCCGUGGUGGACGCCGAAACGGGAGGCGGCCGGGCCGGUGGCGUCCCCUCUCCGGCCCUCGGCUUCCCCAGCUGGAGAGCGGGGAGACGUUACCGACGAUAAUAAAGUUAUUAGCGUGAU